CCAUGUCGAGGGGCCCGCCGUCGUCAUCCACUCCUUGCAUUCCAUUCAUCCUCUUCCCAGAUUCCUACCUCUCAAAUUCUCGUCACGUUCUCGCCUCGCCUAUCAACAUCCGACGGCUCACAUCGAUACCCUAGGGCGAUUUUCGCUUCACUCCUUUGUUUUCUUUGCUCUACCGCCCUCGUUCCCUCCCUCCCUCGUUUUCCCGUUUCAACCGGCUGUACGAAGUACCCAUCCGUCAAUCCGGACAAUCUCCACAGACAUCAUGGCCAGCAGGGCGGCGCAAAAGCGCUUGACGCGCGAAUAUAAGAGCAUCACCGAGAACCCCCCACCAUACAUCACGGCGCACCCCUCGGAAACAAACAUAUUAGAAUGGCACUAUAUUAUCACAGGUCCCGAGAACACACCAUACCACAAGGGCCAGUACUGGGGCACGCUCAUGUUCCCUCCGAACUACCCGUUUGCCCCGCCAGCGAUCCGAAUGCACACGCCUUCCGGUAGAUUCCAGCCAUCCAGCCGCUUGUGUCUCUCGAUAUCCGACUUCCACCCUCGAUCGUUCAAUCCGGCCUGGGAAGUGUCAACAAUCCUGAUCGGCCUGCUUUCAUUCAUGACAUCGGAGGAGAUGACGACGGGCUCGGUAUCGGCCAGCGAGGCGGAACGGAAGUUCCAUGCGGCGCGUUCACGGUGGUGGAACUCGACGGGCGGCGGGUCGCACCUCAAAGCCGAGAAUGGCGCGGGCAAGGGCAACAUCAAGGCCGGGGACGGCGGGGCCAAGUUCAGGUCGGAGUGGCCGGAAACGGACGAGAUGAACUGGAAGUUGAUGCGGGAGCAAAACGUCGAUACGGCGACGGGGAACAAGGUGGUCGAGACUGGCGGGCCUUCGUGCGCACCCCAGCUUGGCAUUGCCGCGACCAGCGGCCACCAGGCGCACGCCGUCGUGGAUGCUGUGAUUCAGCAGAGAGACGCCGGGCAGGGCUGGCUGUUUAGAAACAAGCUCUUACUAGCCAGUGGGGUCAUAUUCGUCUACGUCUUGAUCGCUCGGCUGCUAGGGGAGGGGAGCUCGUGAGGACAACAGACCAAGCUAGACUACGCUGGUGAUCGGGGCGGCCUCAGCAUUGGACCUACCGGACAUGGCCAGGGUGUAUAGGCUGGGCGUCGGGCGGCCGUUGACGGUGGUGCCUGGAUGGAUUACUUUCGGACGGAUUGAUGGACUGGGUCGCCAAACCUGGGAGAAUGGGCGACGUAAUCGCAACCGAUGGGUUGGGGCACUCAGGUAGAGCACCCACGUCGGCGCUAAAUAGGGGAUUUGCCUAGAGUGGCAAAGAGCGCUUGAGAUUUGUACAAUACCCUUCUCCAUAGAUAGCUUUCAGCAUGUUUAUCUACCUUCUGUGUGUCAUCUUUGGAUAGCAGGAUCGACGUCUACCCUCUCCGAUGGUCUUGGAAGCUAGCAUCCACAUUAUUAACCGAGCAUGUUGCGUAUUAUUUGAAAUGCUAGUGGGGCGUAUUAGGGGAGCGCAAGUUCAUCAGCUUCACAUCAAGUUCCAGGUCCUAUUUUCACUUGAC